UAGACUGUAUUGGUUCCCAGGCGGACGCAUUUGUUGAACGGACGUUUAUUUCCUGUUUAUCGCCGAAGCAUCAACGUGGGUCCUUCGCCACGCGCCGGUGUCCUGCCUGUUGUGUUAUGAGUAUCCACGACCUUGUUAAGCUUUCAACAUGCAGGUUUCUAGUGUAAAUGAUGUGAAGAUUUACAAUUUGAGCCAUGGGAAGUCUCUACCGGAGUGGUUGUCAGACCGCAAGAAGAGACAACUGCAAAAGAAAGAUGUUGACAUCCAGCGGAGGAUUGAGCUUAUCCAGGACUUUGAGAUGCCCACCGUGUGCACCUCCAUAAAGGUGUCUCGAGAUGGGCAGUUCAUCCUUGCAGCUGGCACGUACAAGCCCAGGUUUCGAUGUUAUGACACCUACCAGCUGUCACUGAAGUUUGAACGUUGCCUGGAUUCAGACAUUGUGGCCUUCGACAUAUUGUCUGAUGACUAUUCAAAGCUUGUGUUCCUACUCUCUGAUCGAUAUGUGGAGUUUCAUUCCCAGUAUGGUUACUACUACAAAACCAGAAUUCCAAAGUUUGGACGUGACUUUUCUUACCAUUACCCCUCGUGUGAUCUUUAUUUUGUGGGAUCUAGUUCAGAGAUCUACAGACUGAAUCUUGAACAAGGUCGCUUCCUCAACUCACUUCAGACAGAUGCAAUGGAGCACAAUGUGUGCGACAUCAACCCUGUCCAUCAUUUGUUUGCCAGUGGAACCUCUGAGGGAAGGGUGGAAUGCUGGGACCCUCGUGUCAGGAAACGAGUGGGUCUUCUCGACUGUGCCCUGAGCAGCCUCAGAGAAGGAAUGGAAGUUCUAAGUUUGCCCUCUAUAAGUGCACUGAAGUUUAACGGCCCUCUCUCCAUAGCAGUAGGCACUAGCACUGGACAGGUGCUGCUGUAUGACCUGCGAUCCAACCAACCGCUGCUCGUGAAAGACCACUUCUACAACCUCCCAAUUAAAUCGCUCAAUUUCCACAACGAGAUGGACCUGGUUGUGUCAGCAGACGCCAAAAUAAUAAAAAUGUGGAACAAAGACAAUGGCAAAGUGUUGUCCUCCAUCCAGACUGAAAGCAACAUUAAUGAUGUGUGCAUAUAUCCCAACUCAGGUAUGAUGUUCACUGCCAAUGAAGAUCCUAAGAUGAACACAUUCUACAUCCCGGCUCUAGGCCCGGCACCUCGCUGGUGCUCCUUCCUUGACAGCCUUACCGAAGAGCUGGAAGAAAGCCCUGAGAGCACUGUGUAUGACGACUACAAGUUUGUCACCCGCAAGGACCUGGAAACUUUGGGUUUGUCUCACCUGGUGGGGUCGUCCCUACUGAAAGCGUACAUGCAUGGCUAUUUCAUGGACAUCAGGCUCUACCAUAAGGUCAAAAGCUUGGCAAAUCCUUUCGCAUUUGAGGAGUACCGCAAAGAUAAGAUCCGGCAGAAGAUCGAGGAGACCAGGACUCAGAGAGUACAAGUUAAGACUCUGCCCAAAGUCAACAAGGAGUUGGCUCUCAAGUUGAUGGAGGAGGGAGACGAUGAAGUUGAUCUGGCGUCCAGGAAAAAGAAGGGCAAGGCCCUUCCCACCAUUCUGGGCGACAACCGCUUCAAGGUGAUGUUUGAAAACCCAGACUACCAGGUGGACGAGCAGAGUGAGGAGUUCCGCCUGCUCAAUCCCAUCGUCUCCAAAGUGAGCCAGAAGAGGAAGAAGAAGCUACACCUGCUAGCUAAACAAGAUGCUGCUUCUCAGGAGGGUCAGGAGGAAGAGGAAGGUCGGGCUAGCUCUGAGGAAAGCUCAGAUGACGACAAGAGCUGGGUAGAGGAAGUGAGGGAGCAACGUCGGCUACUGCAUGAAGAGGGCCGAGAUAGGAGGCGGCAGGAGAGGAAGGUCGCUGACCGCAACACUAUCCUGCUGGACACCAAGCGCAGCGGAGGAGAUGAAACCUUCAUCACAGCUGAGAACAUAAAAAACAAUCAGCCUCAGUUCUAUCAGAUCAAAAGCGGGGAGGAGUUCCGCAGCUUUAAAGAUGUGGCCCACAAGCAGAAACUACAGAAGGCCUCCUUGGAGGAGCGUCUGAAAUUAGAGCACUCUGAAACCAACAACUUGGCUGACACUACAGUGGGCAGCAAGCAACUAACCUUUACUCUCAAAAAGUCUGAGCAGCAGAAGAAGCAGCAACAGGCAGAGCGGGACCACCACGAGGAGAGAAAGAAGCUCCGCCGCUCAGCUGGACACCUGAGCAGCGCUCGAGGUAGGGGUCGGGCCGGCAGCAGAGGAAGUGGAAGAGGAAGGCACUAAGGAGGGGAAGCCCAGUCUACAAACGUCUCAAGUCAGUCACACCAUUUAAGCACAUGUCUUAAAUGGCAAAAUGUUGUUUUUAAACCCAAGGAAUGUGUAGAGGCUCUGCUUAAGAUUGCCUAUGUCGAGACUGUGUACAUGCUUUGAAAAGUCUUUAUCCAAAACACCUCAAGUACAUUAAAUGUACACUGUAUAUAUUUUAGCUGUGAUUAGACCUGCGUUUUACACUUUCACACCAUGAAUAGGGUAAAAGAUGUACCACUGAAUGUUGUGAUACAA